UAGUGUGAGCUUAAUCGGGGGCCGGGCAGCUUCCCGGAAGUUGCUAGCUUGGCAAUGCAUAUAAACGCCGCCACCGCCCGGCCGGCCACUCUCUCACACCGUAACCGUAGCUAGCUCCAGGAGAGCAGAGUCGAGGAACGAGGUCCGUCGCCGCGCGCGUGUCUCCAAGCAGAGGCCGCCGGCCGGCUCUGCUCCAGUCGUCUGCAACUACGAUCUUGGACGGACGGCGGCAUACUAGUCCGACAUCUGUCAGCCGCCGGCACGGCGCACCGGAGGCCCUGCGCGCGCGGUUGCACACAGUUUCCUAUAUUGGACAAGUGAAGUGUGGUAGCUGCUCACUGACACAAUGGAACAAGUUGACAUUUGGGCGCCCAUCUUGGCCGAUCCUCUUCCAAGUCAACAGCCGGAGAUUAAAGUUCACUCAACAUAUGUGGAUUAUGGCACCAUUGACUUUCAAGCACUCUUAGAAGGACCCCAUGAUUUGGAUAGAUGGCUGAAAGGUGCAUUCAUUCCUACUUAUAUAAAGGAGGCAAAUUUAACUCACGAGAUUGAACCAACUAGUGGUCAUGGCAUGAAAAUACAAACACCUAUGCCCGCUCCACCGGAGGCAUUGCUUGAGAAAGAGGAGGCCCCUGCCACCACGACUCUCAACGGCGGAGGAGGAAAAGAGGCGGAGAUGAGAGAGGGAGGGGGCAUGUACCCGCCGCCUUGUCACCGGAGAAGCAGGAGGCUUGCGGCCACCGUGACACCGCCGGAGGAGGGGACCGGCGAUCUACUAGAUUACAUACCAAAAAGUGGUUGGAGGCAUGGAAGUCGUGUGAGAAGUGCACGUGAGAGAGGAACAUGGUCGAUAAACAUAGAACCAUGCUCCCGGGACUUGCGCUCUGCAAGUGAAGGCCAAAAACAUGGGUGCAGAAGAAACAAUGACCAUUGGACAUCUGAAGAGGUGAAAGAGCUAGUGGAUGGUGUAUCUGUACAUGGGGUUGGACCAUGGACUAAGUUGAAGAACGAAAGGAUAAGUGGAGAAACCUAGUGAAAGCCUUCACGGUCAGGCCCACAUCUAAAAAUGAGAUUUUAUAUCAUAACUUUAUCAAACUCAUCAUGGAGCACCACCGAUUUUUCAUCUCUUACAGUUCUUGAAUUCCAGGGAAAUGUGAAAAGAAGGAUUGCGUCGAAAAGAUCAAGAGGCUAGCAGCUGAUUGCCUUAAAAAAUGAAGUUGCACUCGUGAAUGCUACACGGAACAUCGUAUAGUACUUUCGGUGUAGCAGUGACCCCGCAAAAAAAACAAGAGUUAUGUUAUUUUUCUAGAACUGUGAAGCAUAGGCUGUCAUAUUAAGUGUGUCGAGAGUAGAGAGUAGAUUGAACCAUCUGGAUGGAACAGCUUCUGUCUCCUGCCUAACCACCCUGUGAAUGGGAAUAACAGUAACACUCACUCCUCCGACCUGUUGGCUUGCCAGUUCUGCUACAUUGAUGUAAUUAGCUUGACCUUUCAUUUAACACCAUGGCACAGUGUGCUGUAAUUUUACACACACUGCUUCAAGCAGUCUCACUCACUCCGCUCGAGGAAUAAUGCAGUUGAUAGCUCGAAUCGAGCACCUGUGACACGCCUCGACCUGAAGAAGCUUGGUGCCGCUGCCACCAAGCAACAGGUUUCUUCACCACUCUGCUAGUGCCUUGAGCGAUCGUGAGGUGCCGGAAUGGCUGCUUGUACCUUAAGGCCAGCCAGCAGGCUGAGUAGUAGCUAGGGUAGU